AUGUCAGCGGGAGCAGCGCAGCCGACCCGGAACAAAGAUGGGAUACCAUUGUGGGAUGGAGACCCAUCCUCUUACACGGAGUUCGCAGAAGCAGCGAGGCUGUACGAACAGUCCGUGGAACCUCACAAAAGAGCACAAGCAGGUCCGAGGAUAGCGGCAGAGCUAUCCGGUGCAGCCAGGAGAUACGUGAUCGGCCAGCCGGCAGACUGGCUGUCGUACCAGGGCGGAGUUGACCGUCUACUUGAGCACUUACGAGUGGGGCUUGGACAGCCUCGCAUCAUGGAGGUCACGGAGCACCUCAACAAGUACUUCAAGGCGAGCCGGCGGAAGAACGGCGAGACGAUCAACGAGUACCUGGCCAGGAAGAAUGAAAUCUACCUGAGGGCGCAACAAGCACUCCAACGAGUACUACCACACCAGACGGCAGGAAAGCCCAAGGCGGAGACCUACCGCUGGGAGAACCCAGCGUAUGGGAGCACCACAUGGAGCCGAAGAACAUCCAUAGAGUCCCAGGCCGAGCCGACCGAGGACGAUCCCACGGACGAGAGCACGACCACGGGCGGCACCAACAACUACGGCUGGGGUGAUGCGGCAUGGGGCCGCGGAUCUCAGCAGGGAGCAUGGUCCAGCUACGAUGGCUGGCAGAAUGCUUGGAGCUGGAGUGGUUGGUCAGAGUGGGACUGGCGUUCUACAUGGAAGCCGCCGACAACGUCAGUGUUGCCAGAACUUCUACCGGAUUUUGUCCAAGGCUGGAUUCUGCUGCAUGACGCCAAUCUUGAUCAGCAAGAGCGGAAUUUGAUUCAGACUGCAGCGGGAGACAACUACAGCGUCGCCUCCAUCAGCCAGGCUCUCCGAGCUCAAUUUCCUGAAGGUGAACUACGACGACGAGAUCAAGGUCGACGCCAUCAAGGACUUUUGGGAGAUUGGGAGGGUGAUGAAGGCGAGAACGGCGAGGACAUUCCGGAAGUGGAGUUCGGGAUGAACGCGGAGGAGGCCCUGACCGAGGAAGGCUUCGCGAUCUGGAGCUCAGCACGCGAAGAUUAUGCCAGUGCCAUGGUGCAGGGCGAUCCGGACCGUCUACUUCUACGGCAAGACCACGAGAUGACUCCGGCCUCACGUGUUUGGCCUGUGGCAAGAUCGGCCAUCGGGCAGCCAACUGCCCAAAUCCCAAAGGCUUCGGCCAACGCCGUGCUACAAGAGGAGGCCCCCUUCGUCAUGUACGUGGAUACCCAGGAGGGCGAGAGCGCAUGGAGUAGUGGACCAGUGACUACCACGGCGACCGCCGUGGAGCAAGGGAAGUGCGUGAUCGAUUCCGGGGCCACCAAGAGCCUGGGGUCGACCUAUGCCCUCGAGCGCCUUAUGGCCUGCAACAUCAAGGCCAAGGGCACAGCGGCAGUUCAUGGAGUCGACCAGCAUGACCGGCCUACGUUCGGAUUUGGCAACUCCAGUUCGGAUCGUUGCCUCUCGACCGUAACGAUGGCUUUGCAGGCGCAAGGCCAGCCAGGCCAGAUGAAGAUUCAUGCCCUUGAUCGUGGACAAGGCCCGGUGCUCCUCUCGAUUGACGCGUUGAGAAGGAUGGGAGCACAAAUAGAUUUUGCAAACGAUCUGAUGGUCCUGGGAAAACUCCACAAGAAACGCAUCAUCAAACUCGAGAGGUCUGCAACAGGCCACCAAGUGAUGUCGCUGUCCGACGACCUGUACAAGAAUUCCUGUGAGGUAGAUCGUGAAGUUCCAAUGCUGAGUGAUUUUAUGCCAAAACCAACAGAUGUACUCGGUGAUCCUCCUGAACAGCGUGAAGGCUCACAGUGUCCCUCCGUAGAGAACUCCCCGCGGCAGAAACAUGGCCAGUCCCAAACUAACGAGCUUCGCGAGCGUCUCGAGAAGCUUGGCGAGUCUCCACCCAAGCGCUGGACGAAGAUCGAACUGCUUCAGCGCAUCGAGGAGAUCACGGGAGAGAACCUGGGAGUUCUGGCCAAGACCAAGCGCGAGGAGUCCGAGUACCAGCGCAUGGUGAAGGACUUGAACCGAGCCAGUCGGCUCAAGGCAGAUCUGGUGAAGUUUUGCCAGACCGAGCUGGGAUACGACCCCGGCUACAACCUGACAAUUGCACAGAUCAAGCGAGAGGCGAUGCUGAGGGUGUACGACAAGGCCUUGCCGGACCCGACGGACGCGGUGGGCUUCGGACGCCACUGCAGUCUCAGCUACGAGGAGGUCAAGAGCUCACAUCCUCAGUACUGCACUUGGGUUGUCAAGACAGCCCAGGAGGGAGAAUGCGAUCCGCGACUACGCCGACUGGCUGGAUGGUUGGGCAACAGCCCAGCCGAGGUGAGCCAAGCCCGCACCGAGUUCCAGAAGAACAUCGUGGAGAAGAAGGGGAUUCAGAACAAGGGCUAUGCAGAACCACCACCCAGUCCUCGCGGAGCUACGAACAAGGCAGCGGCAAGUGUCGCAGCAUCAUCGGCCAGUGGCAGUCGUGUCACUGUGGGGAGUGCCCAGCUACAGGAGCUCCUCGAGACCAUGCAGUACUUGAAGGAGGAAGUGUCGACUUUGAAGGAGGAGCGCCCUCGGAAGAAGGGCACCAUCGAGGACGCCGAGAGCUCAUCGACCCAGAGCUACACCAUGGAGUCAUAUGAGAUGGUUCCAAAGAUUUUUGAAGGAUUGGUGGCCCAUGAGCGGCCAGCUCUCAUGGAGAUUGCGUGUUCUCCAGACAGCCUACUGGCAGCCACGGUACAAGGGAUGUGCCAGAGUGAAAAAGCAGCAAGUCGUUGUGCAGCGUGGAACGAUUGUGAUUUGAGCACGGCAAAGGGAGUCGCACUUGUGAUGCAGAGAUUACAGCAUGAAAGGCCACGCCACGUGUGGCUCAGCCCAUAUUGUGGUCCUUAUUCCCCACUGCAAAACGUUAACCAGCGCACGGCCCAACAGUGUGACGAUUUGAAACAGAAGCGGAAAGCUGCCCUGAAGAUGUACUUAGGUGCGGUCAGCGUUGCGCAUGCAUGCUGGCAAAUGGGCAUACAUUUCACGUGGGAAUGGGCUGAACAUAGCAAUGCGUGGAGAUUGCCCCUCAUGCAGCGUUUGAUCAAGAAGUGUAACCUCUACUCUGCUGUGGUCAAGGGCUGUAGAGUGAAUCUGCGACAGGCUAAGGACGACCGGUUGAAGAAUGGCAUCGUGCCCAGGACCCCAGUCAAGAAGAGCGCCCGAACACAGCCAACAGGUACCAACUUCGUUGCUGAGGCUUGGUGGUCCACAGUCUCCGACAAAGCUUACGGCGAGGAGUCAGCAUUCUGGGCAAGCAAGGACGCGGCUGUGGAAGUCGAGAUCCCCCUACCUGAAAGUAAGAAGGGACAGCAGCUAAUGAUGUCUGACAUGACGGCGUACCUAGUCAGCAACUUGCGUCGUAGGGCUGUUGAGGUUAGUGAAAAGAGGUUGGGUGAAGAGGAAAGAAAGGCUUUUGGAGAGGCCAAGGCGGUUGAGGUUCGCAACUUUAUUGCUGCGGAAGCCUUCGAAACCAUUCCUCCUCAUAUGAGACCACCAAAAGAAGCGGCAAUCGGGAUGAGGUGGCUACUUACAUGGAAAGUUCGUGAUGACGGAACAGUCAAGCCGAAAGCCCGGGCAAUAUUGCUCGGAUAUCAAGACCCGAGCUACGAACAUCGAGCCACCACGGCUCCUGUUAUGACGAGGUUGUCACGCCAACUCUUUCUUCAAUUGUCAGCGAACCAGUCAUGGAAAGUCUGGAAAGGAGAUGUGACUGGAGCCUUCCUUCAAGGAAGGGCAUAUCCGGACAAGCUUUACUGUAUACCCUGUGAUGAGGUAUGUGAUGCCAUGAACAUUGAGCGUGGAAGCGUCACGCGCUUGAGAAAGGCUUGCUACGGAUUGGUAGAUGCGCCAUUGGAGUGGUAUAGAACCAUAUCAGAGUUUUUCGAGACGAUUGGUCUAGAGAGAUCAUGGUCCGAUCCGUGCAUGUGGUUGUGGCGUCCUGAAGGGAAGCUUCGAGGAUGUAUUUCCGGACAUGUUGAUGAUUUUCUGUUUGGAGGCAGUGAACAAGAUGCUGGCUGGCAAGAUAUCUUAAAACAGAUUCGUGAAAGAUUCAAGUGGUCCGAGUGGGAAGCCGAUCGGUUUGUGCAGUGCGGAGUACAGAUCGAGCAGUGCAAAGAGGGAUUUAAACUGUCGCAGAGUAAGUAUGUGGAGACCAUCAAGGAGAUUCCUCUAAGCUCGGGACGCCGCCGAGAAAAGCAUCAGGAGACAACGGACCGGGAAAAGUCCCAGCUCAGAGCUCUCCUGGGAGCCAUUAGCUGGCACGCUCAACAGGUUGCCGCGCACUUCUCAGCCUCAGUUAGCCUACUUUUGUCUGAGGUUGCCCAGAGUACUGUUUCAACCAUCAUGGAUGCUAACCAGUUGCUGAACCAGGUCCGAGCCCAGAAAGACCAUGUUUUAGUGAUCCACAAAUUUCCUCCUGAAGAAGAGUUGUGCAUGUUGGCCUGGGUGGAUGCCUCCAACCAGAACCGAGCAGACGGGCGAAGUCGGCAAAAUAAGCUUGGUGGCUUGGCAUUCCAACAAGGAGUGAUUGUGACGGAUUCGCGAAAUGUGUAUGACAAGCUUCGGACCGAAGUUGUGACCUUGAAAGGCGCAGGCCAUGAACUCUCUCUCUUCUACAAGAUGGGUGGCCAAUGGCGCAUCGUUGAAGAUGAGAACAUGCGGAAGAACUGA